AUGCUUUGGCAGCUCCCACGCCAUGUUUCUUCCGCGGGGCCCCGGGGCGCUCUCUUCCGUGGUCCCGCUCCGCUCCAUCACACUCUUUUGGCUGGUAGAACUAGGACUGGGGUCACUUUGCAGACCCUGGAUCUCAAGGAUUUCGACCACGGGGUCAUUCUACAGCAGACCCCGUCACCCGGAUUCGAGAUCCCAAAUCCCGAGUCAUGUACCGUACCUGAACUCUUAAACCUUGUUGCUCCUAAGGGAGCCGAGAUCCUUGUCGACGGUAUCCGAAAGGGCCUGUUUGUUCCUCCAGUACAUGAUGCCGGCUGGCGUUCGCCAGAAGAACAUGAAUCCCUGAUACAUGCAGCUAAGAUCAAGCCCGAGGACCGCCAUAUCGACUGGGCAAAUUGGACCUGGUUAGAUAUCAGCAGGCGGAUUCGUGUACUGGGGCCUUUAUGGAGCAAGGCUUUGGUAAUCAAUGAUGCGACAGCUAACCCUUCGUCCUUUCAAUACCGGCGGGUGAUUUUCACCGAGAUGGAGGAAGUUGAACCGAUGAAAGGAAGCGAAGCGUAUGCUGUGGUCCCAGGCCUACCCUUUGUGGACGGCGCUCAUCCCAUUGAGUCUCGACAAGGAAAAGGCGUCUACGUAUUCACACAAGAUGGCAAACUUCUCCGCAUCAACCAAAUGAAAGUUGAGGGCGAACAGAAUGCGGACGCCCUUCGCGCCGCUCUCAAGGCGCGGAUGGUUGGUGGUCGCACAUUUUCCUCGAAUGGCUCGGACUAUACUCCAUUCUACAAUCCACUGCAAUGA